AUUCUCUUGCUGUGUACAGAUCUCUGCAGAGCCAUGGCCAGAACCAAGCAGACAGCCCGUAAGUCCACCGGCGGGAAAGCUCCCCGCAAGCAGCUGGCCACUAAGGCCGCCAGGAAGAGCGCCCCCGCCACUGGCGGAGUCAAGAAGCCUCACCGCUACCGGCCCGGGACCGUCGCUCUCCGGGAGAUCCGGCGCUACCAGAAGUCCACCGAGCUGCUCAUCCGGAAGUUGCCCUUCCAGCGCCUGGUGAGAGAGAUCGCCCAGGACUUCAAGACCGACCUUCGCUUCCAGAGCUCGGCCGUCAUGGCCCUGCAGGAGGCCAGCGAGGCUUACCUGGUCGGGCUCUUCGAGGACACCAACCUCUGCGCCAUCCACGCCAAGCGGGUCACCAUCAUGCCCAAGGAUAUCCAGCUGGCCCGCAGGGUCCGAGGGGAGAGGGCUUAG